AUUCGUGCCACUUGCUAAACCAGCCUCACUUAGCUGACUGUUUUAUCCUCCCGUGAGUGUGUGUGUGUGUGUUUGAUGCGGUGUGGAGGUAAUAGGAGAUGUGGUCCUUUUUUGCCAGGGAUCCUGUCAAAGACUUUGCAUAUGAAAUCCUGCCAGACUCCCAGGAGGAAUCUGGAAUAUGGACCCUUCACCGGGGGAAGCGAAAGACCAAUGGAGAGCCAGUGUCGGUGUUCGUGUACGAGGUAGCACAGGGGACAGAGCAGCAGACCCAGCUGGCCAAGGCUGCGUUCAAGCGCAUGAAGACCCUCAGGCAUCCUAACAUCCUGGCUUAUGUCGAUGGUUUGGAGACAGAGAAGAGCCUGUACCUGGUUACUGAGCAGGUGACGUCCCUUUCAGUCCACCUGAAGGCCCAGGCAGAGAAAGGUGGAGCUGGUGACCUGGAAGUGUCCUGGGGACUGCAUCAGAUAGUGAAAGCUUUAAGUUUCCUGGUCAACGACUGCCACCUGCUGCACAACAACUUGGGUGUAUGGUCUGUUUUUGUGGAUCGAGCCGGAGAGUGGAAGCUCGGGGGCCUUGACCAUGUGGCCCCUGAGCAGGGUGACCCGAGUGGGGUCUCGCUCCCUACCCCCAAGGCUGUUUACCCAGACAUGGAGAAAUAUGACCCUCCUGAGACGCCUAAUAGCAGUGGAGAAAAAUGGGCAGGGGAGGUUUGGCGACUAGGCUGCCUGAUCUGGGAGGUGUUCAACGGGCCACUACCUCGCACAUCCUCCCUCCGUUCACUGGGAAAGAUCCCCAAGGCUCUGGUGCCUCACUAUUGUGAGCUGGUAGGAGCUAACCCUCGAGCUCGACCCAACCCAGCCCGCUUUCUCCAGAACUCUAGAGCCCCGGGAGGAUUCCUCAGCAACAGCUUUGUGGAGAGUAACCUUUUCCUGGAGGAGAUCCAGAUCAAGGAGCCAGCUGAGAAGCAACAGUUCUUUCAGGAUCUAAGUGACAAUCUAGACUCCUUCCCUGAGGACUUUUGUAAACACAAGGUCCUGCCUCAGCUGCUCACCGCCUUCGAGUUUGGCAACGCAGGCGCCGUCGUCCUCACGCCCCUCUUUAAGGUUGGAAAGUUCCUGUCAGCAGAAGAGUACCAACAGAAGAUCAUCCCUGUUAUUGUGAAGAUGUUUUCCUCCACAGACAGAGCCAUGAGGAUACGGCUGCUGCAGCAGAUGGAGCAGUUCAUUCAAUACCUGAACGAGGCUGCCGUGAAUUCCCAGAUUUUCCCUCACGUUGUCCACGGCUUCACAGACACAAACCCUGCCAUCAGAGAACAGACUGUUAAGUCUAUGUUGCUGCUGGCACCAAAGUUAAAUGAGACUAACCUGAACCAAGAAUUGAUGCGGCACUUUGCCCGACUGCAGGCCAGAGACGAGCAAGGUCCUAUCCGAUGUAACACCACGGUCUGCCUGGGCAAGAUCGCCUCCUACCUCAAUGCUGGGACUCGCCAACGUGUUCUGAUUUCUGCCUUCUCCCGAGCUACUAAAGACCCGUUUCCAGCCUCGCGUUCUGCAGGAGUACUGGGCUUUGCUGCCACACACAACUUCUACAGCAUCACGGAGAUCGCAGCCCGCAUCCUGCCCACUCUCUGUGCCAUUACUGUUGACCCUGACAAGAGCGUCAGGGACCAGGCUUUUAAAGCCAUCAAGAGUUUUCUUUCCAAACUGGAGAUUGUUUCAGAAGAUCCCUCCAAGCUGGCUGAUAUAGAAAAGGAUGUGGCAUCAUGUGCUCAGCCUGCAGGGGCCUCUUCCUCCUGGGCCGGCUGGGCUGUGACCGGCAUGUCCUCGAUAACUUCCAAGCUGAUCCGCAACGCUCCAGGGCAGGAGGGGGGCACAGGAACUGAGGGCAGUGGGGCUGCAGAUCCCACUAACCCUACAAGUGACCCUGAUGGAGCACCUGCAGCUGGUUCUGAAGAAAAAACUCCACAAACCUCUGCGGCUCACAAUGCUGCCUCUAGUGGUGCCGACCAAUCACAAGCCCUUGAAUUAACGGACAAUGACGGAGAGCCAAAAGGAGAACGAUGGGAAGAGGAGGACUGGGGAAGUUUGGAGGAGCCAGAGAAAGCGCUUAACGAGCCAGAGGACUGGAACUCUGACUGGUCAGGAACGGCACCGUCCAAAAAGAAGGCCAGUGACAGAGGAGUGGGCGGGUCGUUCUCCUCCAUGGCGGUGAAAAAGCAGAGCUCUGAUUGGAGCAGCUCAGGCUGGGAUGCCGAUGACAGCUGGUCUAAUGAGAAGGAAGGGCAGGGUCAGAGCUCUGCAGGCGAGGAGGGAUGGGGAAAUGACUGGGGGGAGGAGGACACGGACACCACCUUGACAAGUACAGCGCUCCCCAUGCCUGAAGGGGUGCGGUUAGCCAGCGAUUAUAACUGGGACAGCAGCAGUGCAGCUAAGGGAGCUGUACAGAAUGAUCUGUUUGCCAGUGUGUCCCAGAGAAGCACAGCUGUCACCACGGCUGGAGAAGGUUGGAGUGCAGAGGUGACAGGAGACUGGGGAAACGAGGAGAGUUGGGAGUCAGUGGAUGGUAACCAGGGUCUGAGUAAGGCUGAGCUGUCCAAAAAGAAACGGGAGGAGAGGAGGAAAGAGUUGGAAGCGAAACGUGCAGAGCGCAAAGCUGCUAAAGGUCCACUCAAACUGGGCGCACGCAAGCUGGACUGAUCAAAGACACAAAUAAAGACUUACAAGUGUAAAUGGAGGGGGGGGUGGGGGGACUUGGACCACAGUGACUAUGGACCCAGAGUAUUUGCUGGAAGCUUGACAUUCCACAAAGAACUAGAAUGAAUUGUGAGCAGAUGACAAAAUGCUGUGAAGAGAGUUGGUUGUGUGUUGAGCAUGGUACUGUUGGCCUUAUGACUGAUGAGUGAGUGGUCGAAAAAACAAAAUAAAUAUCAAUGCUUUAUGGAUGCAUUAAUGUGGAUGUCAGAGCUGGGACAAAAGCAGAGAGAGAAAGUUCAGAGAGGACUGAGGCAGCACUCCUUGCACCAGAAGCGCAACUUGAUUGGAGGAAAUCCCCCUGUUUGUUUUUUUAAAUACAGAAGUCUGCAGUUGUAAAGUUUAUGUAUAUACAUGGAGUGCUUGUCUUCAAAUGACAUGAAGAAAUUACACUUUUUUUAAAAAAGAAAAAUGAGAAUUACCGUAUAUAAAACAACUUAACAUCUAUUGUUAUACUGAAUGUUAAACACACAGGAAACAUCAAUGUUUGAGUUCAGCUGUCACUAUAGAUUUAAGAGUUAAAAUCAACCUAUGCAUGUAAGUGUGUAUUUGUGUUAACACUAGGUUACAUGGAAAAGAUACAAUUUGAGUUUACUUUGCACAUACAACACUGUAUUUUCCUGUACUUCACUGGUGUGACAGGUGACAGAAAUGGCUGAUAUCAGGUCUGGUAUGAACGUGUUGCAUUCUCUGCAGACAUUAAUGGUGAUAAGUAGUCAAAUUGAGGCUGGUGAAAUAAUUUCAAACAAAAAUCAAUGUGUUCAUAUGUCGUUUCCUUUUUAUCUUGAGCUGGGAAGUGCAGAUGUGGAGGGUUUGUGAAAUCAUAGCAGUCUUAUUUUGAAAUCUUUGGGAGGAUUGCCAUGCAUUUAUACUUGCAUGAUCCUGCAGAUCUCCUGGAAAAAAAAAAAAAGAAGUAUUGCAAAUCAGUUAUUUUUAACGUUAUCGUGCGAUGCCAGGGUAAGAGAGAUUGUAAAUUGCUUUUACUCUUUUUGUGCCUUUAAGUGAUUGCAGAUCCAAGAACUCACAGUUUUAAAUAGACAUUUUUAAACAUGGACCAGAACUGUCUCCCAAUGCCAAACUGUGUGUAUCCAUCAAAGUGUGACCCAUAUAUCCUGUUCGUGUUGGACGUGUUACUGUUGGGUUUUUGUGUUGAACACCAUAAGCUCUUUAGAUGGCUCCUGGCAAAAAUAAACAACCACCACCCCUUGAGUUCAUGUUGAGUCGUUUGGGGAUCAGGGUAGGUAAGAAGUGACCCGUGCUUGUGGAAUGCAGGAUGCAACAUUUUACAGAAAAUCCAAAUAAUGUAGCAUGUAAGCUAUUCUCAAAAUAAAUAUUAAAAAAAAAAAAAAAAA